AGGGAGGGAGCACGGGGGUGAGAGGAGUUGAAUGAUUGAACUUUCUUGUGUAGUUUCUGCGGCGCGGAGGUGUCCGUCCCCGGCGCAGCCCGGCACCAGCCCACCGAGCGGGAGCGAGCUUACCCCGGCAGCCCCGCGCCGCCCGGCCGCCCCUCUGCCCUCCUCUGCAGCAGAGCGAUGGUGCGGAGGGCGCCCGGCGUGUCCCUCGCCCUGCUCCUCUGGGUGACGGCCGCCUGCGGCAGCCCCGACGGGCCGGGGGCCGCCGCCGCCGCCCGAAGGCAGGACGAGCCUUUCGCCACCGCCAGAUGCGCCUCCAGGUGCCUGAGCCUCCAGAUCACACGCAUCUCCGCCUUCUUCAAGCAUUUCCAGAACAAUGGGUCACUUGCUUGGUGCCAGAAUCAUAAACAGUGUUCAAAGUGCCUGGAGCCCUGCAAAGAGUCCUGGGACCUGAAGAAAAACCAUUGCCAAAGCUUCUGUGAGCCUCUUUUCCCCAAGAAGAAUUAUGAAUGCCUAACUAGCUGUGAAUUCCUUAAGUACAUCCUGUCUGUGAAGCAAGGGGACUGCCCAGCACCUGAGAAGGCCAGUGGUUUUGCAGCUGCCUGUGUUGAAAGCUGUGAAGCUGAUAUUGAAUGUUCUGGAGUGAAGAAAUGUUGUUCUAAUGGAUGUGGUCACACGUGCCAAAUUCCAAAAAAUCUGUACAAAGGUGUUCCACUGAAACCCCGGAAAGAAUUAAAAUUCAUAGAACAUCAGUCUGGAGACCUGGAGGUGAAGUGGUCUUCAAAAUUCAAUAUUUCCAUUGAGCCUGUAAUCUAUGUUGUUCAGAGGAGGUGGAAUCAAGGAAUCCAUCCAAGUGAGGAUGAUGCUACGAACUGGCAAACUGUGGCACAGACCACAGAUGAGCGCGUUCGGCUGCCGGACAUCCGAGCGAGCAGGUGGUACCAGUUCCGCGUGGCUGCUGUGAACGUGCAUGGGACCAGGGGCUUCACAGCGCCCAGCAAGCACUUCCGUUCCUCCAGAGAUCCAUCUGCUCCACCAGCUCCAUCCAAUAUCAGGAUUGCCAAUAUCAGUGCAAACAAUGAUGGGAGUGUAAAUGCAUUGAUUACUUGGGAUCUUCCAGAAGAGCCUGAUAUCCCAGUGCACCACUACAAAGUCUUCUGGAGCUGGACGUACAGCAAAUAUGUAAUUCCAGCAAAAAAAAAGAGAAGGAAGAUUACUGAUGGGGCCCAAAAUUAUGUGGUCCUGGAGGGGCUCCAACCCAACAGCAACUACAAUGUAGAGCUGCAGGCAGUAACACGCUGGGGUCAGAUACGCCUAAAAAGUGCUAAAGUUUCUCUCCAUUUUAGCACGACCCAGGACAUCAGGAAUAAUAAGGAACGGACAUCUGCUGGGAAACCACAGAAAGGACUGGUAGAUCCUUACCCAAACUUUCAAAGAAGGAAAACCGCUCGUUUUCUUAAAGUUGGAACUCCCUUCUAUCAGGACAAUCAACUUCAAGUCAAAGUCUACUGGAAGAAGACAGAUAUCAGCAUGAAUCAAUUCCAAGUCCACUGGUUACUGGAGUCCUGUGCACACAAUGACACCAAAGGACUUAGGAAAGUAACAGAGCUGACUUAUGAAAACUACAUUAUUCUGAAGGACCUGUCAUUUUCAUGCAAAUACAAAGUAACUGUUCUGCCUGCAAAAUCGAAAGGUCGUUUUAAGGCUGAGAGUACUUUCUUUGUUACGCCACCUUGCUCUGCAUUUAAAGAAAAAAAACACAAGCAUAUUAAUUGUCCUGCGGAAGGAGUGCCAGUUCUACCCAAAGUGUUGGCCAAACCCGAGAAUCUGUCUGCAUCUUUCAUUGUUCAGGAAGGUAACAUCACUGGUCAUUUUUCCUGGAAGAUAUCUAAGGCAGACCUUCACCAGCCCAUGACAGGGUUUCAAGUCACUUGGGCAGAAGUGACCACAGAGAGCCGGCAGAACAGUUUACCCAACAGCAUCAUUUCCCAGUCACAGAUACUGCCAGCAGAUCAUUACAUACUCACCGUGCCCAACCUGAGGCCCUCCAUGCUGUACCGCCUGGAAGUUCAGGUGCUGACGACUGGCGGGGAAGGGCCAGCCACGAUUAAAUCCUUCCGAACGCCCGACCUUCCUCCAUUUGCACCCCACAGACCUCAUCUGAAGCAACAUCAUCCACAUCACUACAAGCCAUCCCCAGAGAAAUAUUAGACUGUUUCAGAUGAUUAUACAAAUAACUGAGGGAAAAAAACUGAGCUCCCAAAUGAAGGCUGGAUAACAGCACAUCUGCUGGAGCAGUGAACCCAGUUUUUCAAUGAAAGUACCAUCCUGUACAAUCUGUAUCUACUUCUCUGUAGUUUAGCCAUGAAGAAUUAUGUUUGCACCAUGACCAGGAUCAAUCAUACAGCAAGUAUCAUAAGUAUCAUUUCAGUACCAACACUAUUCAACAAACUGAAGAUCACUCCAACUCAACACCUGUGAGAAAAUAUUCAUUAUAUUGUUCAUUAUAAUGUUUUCAUAUUCUGUGUUUAAAGUAGGUGAAAAUGGUGCAGUGUAUACAGCUUUUUCUCUUAUUGAAUUCAAUGUUACUAUUUGCUGUGAUGUAAACAUACUUUUAAAAGAGGCCAUGUUCUCAUAAAUGGAUUUAAAUUAUCUAUUUUACUUAAAGCCCUGCCUGUCACCAGUUUACACUCUAGUGUGUUUUGGUAUUAAGGAAUAUCUCAAUUUGUCUGAAAUAAGCACAUAAGUAAAAUAAAUACCAGUAGCAGAAACCAUGAAAUACCCAGAUUUUAAUAAUCGUAGUGUCACCAUGGAGGAGGAUGAUGAUACAUAUGUAUUACCCAUCUGGUCUAAAGUGGUAAUGUUCUAUCAUGUAGAUCUUCUAUUAAUAUAGCUAAUAGUUAAAGGAUAUACAGGGUAGAAAUACCAUUGUAGAGAAACAAAUUGCAAUUAAUAGAGUUGUUUAAAAUUUAUGGCGAUUAAUGCAAUUAAUUGAUAGGUCCUAGAAGAAUAAAUUUUCAAAUCUUUCUUACAAUUUUUUGAUACAUAAUAUUUCAAGGUAUAGUAUUAUUUUUAAUAGAAACACCAAUUUUAUAGCUAAAAAUGUGAAUAGUUAACAUUAGAGUUUUAGAAACUGAAAUUCUGAGGCACAUUUAUUAUUAUAGUAGCUGUAUAGCUACUUUUUGGCUUUGAAUUUUGAUGCACAUAUUUCUUUUCCCUGUGGAUCUUUAGAACAGAAGGAUGGAUGUAUUGGCUCUAUUUUGCUAGUCUGCUUACAGAAAGAAUUAUGUGAUAAUAUUCUGGCAUCUGGAAAACAUUGGCUUAUAGUUUAUUUUAAUUCAUUUUUCAAAUUUAGACAGAAGGGUGCCCUUUUUAACCAUAAGGGAAUUCAUAUUGCCUUAUUGUGCAAUAUAAACUGUCUAGCAUAAUUUGUCACACAGAGACACAUGUCUCAAUAGUAAACAGAAACUGCUUGGAUUUAUUAUUGAGAGGGUGGAAAGUAUCUUCCAAUAAACAUCCAUAUAAAUACCCGUAAUCAGCUCUUAAUGUUCAAGAUGUUCAAAGUGCUCCUGAAUUCUUUGGCAUUGUUUCUGUUGCUCCUUGACUCAUCACAUCAGACAUUUAGCAUCCAUGCAUGACCUUUGUUGACUUUGUAUUUUUCAUUUUUGAUUUGAGUACGUCAAAACUUGACUUCAACUGCACAAAACUGGCCACUUUUUCUACCAACAGAUGAUACAGACUCUUCUGUGCUUCUUAUUUUUCUGAGAUAUUCAAUAAGAGGAGCUCAGACAUUAGUGGUACAUGUAUUUCCCUUGUUUGCUGUUUUCUGAAAAAGAAAAUAUGAAGAAAUACCUAUCUGAAACUGAGGAUCAGAGCUCUGUUUAUCAUAGUAGAAUGUUCACAAGAUAUUCAGUUUGUCUAUACUGAAGUUUACAGCAUUUAUACCACAGGGUGAGAAGGAAACUGCAUUAAUUUAUCAUCACUUGCUCAUUACAAUUUUUUUUACAAUUUUACCUUCAGUUUUAAAGGGCUCUUUUCCAUUCUUUUUCUAUUUUGCUUGUUGUCUUUUCAUGUGGUGUCUUGGUCAUGUAGUGACCAAGAAUUUUCCCAGAUAUUUUCUAUUGCUACAUGUUUUGGGCAUUUAACAAUAGCUUAAAAUAUAUUAAAGGCUAUGGUGCUUUUAAUUCCUUCCUCUAUCUUCUAAAAUACAUUAGCAAAUUAGCUGAUGAACUAGUAUUUCAAAAAUCUGUAGUAUAAAGCUUUUUUUUCAGUUUUUUCAGAAUGCCAAAGUUUGAGAUAUUUUUGUCAGGAUUAGAGUGUUUUAUGUGUAUGUUUUUACAAAGAAAACAAAAUUUGCAUUGGACAGAUGUGUAGCACUGCUUUCACAUUUGGAUUGCACAGGGCAUAGAUGAGUCUAGAAGUGAUAUUUGUGGUGUUUGCUGGAUCAACGGGAUCAGGGAAAGUAAUUACCUCAGUGUUCUCUAAAGAAUUCUGUCCAAACCUUGCAAUCACUGUCUGUUCUGGUUGUGCUGGAUCAAAUCUACAGUGACUUGAUUAAUGUUCAUGACAUUACAUUUCAUUCAUAGUGAGACUGUAAAGAAUAGGUAUUGGUCUUGGUUACAAUGAUGCCAGUUCAUUGGAGAUAAGCAGGAAGUUAGGAGCCCUGAGUCCUCAUGAAAUCAUCCUUCUGACAAGAAUUAAAAUGAUUGCUGUUUGCUAAUGCCAUUCUCUUUGAGGCAUUCUUCUGUUCAAAGGAACAGAGUACUUUUGAAGAACACUGAGAGGUUUUCCCUUCUGAACUAGACUGGCCAAAAUCAAAAGUUGAAAGUAGAAAUCUAGUGAUCAAGUGUAUUGUAUUGAGUCUGAUAAGAUGCAAAUUAUUUUUUCCUUCUACAAAUGAUAUCAACUCACCUUUCAAGUCACCCUUCAAAUCAAAAAUAAAAAAUAAAAAGUCAGCAAAGGUCAUGCAUGGAUGCUAAAUUCACACCUGUGAGUGAUUUCCUGAUUAUUUUUUUUAAAUUUAGCAGUACAGAUUUUAAGUCUUUAGCGCCUAAUUCUAAAGCUUUGUUUGCUGAAUCAUACAGGGUAUUGUCCUAAUUUACUAGACUAAGCCACAUUAAACAUUUAAUUCAGCAAUAUAGUUGCAAUUUGCUACUUAAUUCUGUAGUUAAAGAUUUAUUUUCUCUAAUGAUGUUGUGUAAUUCAGAGUUAAUAUUGGAAUGAUAUUAGAGAUAUUGGGAUGUUUUAAGAUACUCUGCACCUUUACACUAAUGUAUUAUUUACUGAGUACGAUUCUGAUGGAUUUGUCAGUUGAAUUCAGGAUGCAUUUUGUUUAUCUUUAUUUCUUAAAGGAUAAUUAUAAGAUUAUGCUAUUUUUGCUAACUGCUUUGUGAAGUGUUUUUUUGUUUGUUGGUGAUUUUUGUAUAAGAAGAAACUGGUUUGUUCUCAUUAUAACUUUUUUUUUGACCAUUUUUGAGUUGUUUAUAGAGCAGGAGAAAAUAAGACAGAAUUUGUGCUGUAUCAUCCAUGUAUACCACCUUGAAUAUUCAUUAAGAAUAUAGUACACAGAAAAUAAAUAAGAAGUCUUAUUUUUUAAAUGCUGAACAUCUUCAACUUAAUGGCUUCAGAAGGAGCUGAGGGCAUGGUGUGGCAAUGCUGACACUGAUACUUGGCGUGGUCACACACAAAGUCAUUGCUAAUGUGAGUGGGAAUUUGGCAAUUCUACUAAUUGUUAUUGGCAGAACUGUAUAGAAACCUUAAUACUGAGUCAAUUUAUUUCACAAUACUUUCAUCUUAAAGCUCCCAGCUGGAGUCAGGGAGAGUUUCCAAUAAGCAGGUCAUGAUUCAGGAAGGUUGGCACAAAGGAAGUCAGUGGGAUGGAAGUAAACCUGCGCAGUUAAGAACGAGCUUUAGUGGUGCUUCAACUCAAGCAUGGAUGUCAGAGUUUGAAUAAUGACGUAAAUCAGGACCUUGUAAAACAAAGUGGGGGAACCAGACAGUUCUAAAUUCCGUGUAAAACACCAUAAAAAUUUUAUUUUUGUGUAUAUGUAAAUGUCAUAGUGAUAUUGACUUAUUUAUUAAUUCAUUUUCUUAUACUAUGUGCCAAUUAUGUUCCUACCCUUUUGAUCAGUACCUGUGAACAUCAAUUACUAAAAAUAAUGUUAUGCAAAACUUGUACAUUUUAACCAGGAAUAUGCUACUAAUAAUCUGUUGCAUGUAGUUUUCAAUGAUUAAGAAAACCCUUUAUUUAAAAAAUGUAAAUGGAUACCUGCAGAUGUUGAUGAUUAUAUGUGGGUUUGCAUGCCAAAACUCAUUGUUCAGUUGUGGGCAUGAAAUGUAACGACUGUAUUACCUCUACUGAUAUAUUAGUAAGGUACAAUUUACAAAGUAAUUAACAGAGCUCUAUAUGUAAAUUUUUUCCUUUUUACUUAAUUAUAUUGUAGUAAAGGUAACAAAUGCUUCUCUGUUACCCAAAUUGGCUGUAGAAAUUAUGUUCCUAUAACAGUCAUUUAAAGUCAAUAUUUAUUUAUGUAUGUAAUACAAAAAGAUUGGUCUUAUGUGUUUGUCCUGUUAUUUAGAGAAAAAAAUAUACGCUUGUAAAAACAUUUUGUAAAAAAAUAUAAAUGUAAAUAGAGUCCGAUUGCUUUUACUCACUAUUUUCAUGUUUAGAAUUUGUACAUACAUAUGUAAUAAACUAUCCUACAUCGAAACAUUGCUACAUUAUCUCCUCCAUACAGAAUUUAGAAUUUUGCUUUUCUUGAGUUAAAGAGAUAGAACCAUCUAAGAAAAAUCAGUGUCAUACCAAGUACCUCUGCGUCAUCUAAAUUUCAUUGUGUCUGAACUCAUACCAUUUUAUCCUUACUUUACUACAGCAUUUUGUUUUCUUUAGAUAGUCAUCAAAAUAUACUGAAAAUAAAUUAAAAUAUUAUUUGAGUCUUUUACAUUGCAAACCAAUACUGGAAGUAAAAAGUCAUGCAUAAAAGUUUGCCCUUUCCCUAUUCUAACUGGAUAGUUCACAGUGAAGAUUUGUUGAUCCUUUUGUUAUGCUAGCUUAAAUUAAUUACUUUGCUGGAUCUUUGCCAGUGGCCUGAUCCUGCAAGCCAAGAUUUUCAUGACUGAAACUUAUGGUGAGUCUGUGGAUGCACUAGAUUUGGAGUGUUUUCUGUUCUAAAGUGCAGUAUCCCAUGGUUUAAAUUCUGUAUUUUUAACAAAUAUAAAUAUCUUAGUACAAAUAUUUAACUGUUUCAAAUUCUCACAGAUGCACUAUUAUGCUCAGGUGCAAUAUCCUUAGUUUGGAGAUGAACCUUUGGAACUCUUAGCUUACCUAAUAAACAUUUAUUUUUUGUUAACUUUAUUAAAAACUCCAAAAUUUCCUGGUAGUGCUAUCUCAUGAGAAUAACUGCAUACAUUUCUGGUUUUAGUUUUCUUCUUACAUAAAGGAAUAAUAUUUAGAGACACCCCUAUUUUUAAAUUUCUUUGUAAGUUGGAAUAUUUCUAUAAUAUUUGCUGUUGUGGUUCAGUAAAUUCAGAAAAGAAUAAUAUAUCAGGUGAAUGGGUAAGUUGUCAAAAUAAAUGGUUGAGUUGUUCUAUACACUGUAAUUCAUAAUAGCAAUUCAUUUUUUCAUUCCAUGUCUUCAAAGAAAUGUUUUAUUCUACAUUGGACUAAAGGACACAGUGACUGGAUUAAAAAAGCAUAUGAAAUAAAGCAAAUUUGCUAUA